CGGGAGAGAGAAAACCGAGAUCGCUAUCGAACAAGAUAAAAUCACGGGCGAUAUAAAGGCACACAAGGCAGAAGGAAACGAAACGGUUAUUGAGAAGGCAGACGUAUGUACGUUGGAGACCGAACAAACCGACCGGCCGACAAUAGAUGCGAUUUUAGAAGUCGGUAUGAAAGCAGAUAACAAAAAUGAUUUCCCCAUGGAAAAGGAAAUUGCAGAAAACGGAAACAUGGUAUCUGGCAAUGAUAGCAAACUGCAUCUCGAAGCUAUAGUCGACGGAGGAAAUGCUAUGUCGAUAACAGAAAACGCCUCAGUUGCUCAAACGGAGCAAUCUCGACUAGGAACCGAAACACAGAAAGAGAGUGACGUUGCCAAGCACGAUGCAUUAAGUCAAGAUAACGUCGAGGUUAUUGAAAAGGGAUCAACUGUUGCCAACGAACAAGCGAUGAAACAAUCGGCCUUCAUCCCACAUCAUAUCCUUCUAGACGCAAUGUCUCUCGUUCUCUCAGACGCCCUAGCACAACAAGCCCAAAGCGAGCAGAAGUCCCAAUCCAAAACUCACCGACAAGAUUCGUCAUCGUCAUCGUCAUCAUCAGCACGUUAUCAAAAAGAAAUCAAGUGGCGUGAAGAGGCUGUGAGAUGUAUUCAAGAUAUGAAACAAGAGCUGGAUAUCUGUAGAGCAAGAGAGAAAAAACUAAUAGAAUCUCUGAUGGAAGAGCGAAACAGAGCCGAUGGGAUCAUGGUCGGAUUGUUGAGACUUUUGAUCAUCGUGCUUAUGAGUUAUGGAAUCUGGUAUGUUUUCAGUCUGGCCAUGGUUAGACUUCCCAAGGCUUUGAAGAGGUAUUGA